AUGGCCCCUAUAGGUGACCGGCUCCUCAGCGCCAGGGUUUUCUUCGAGGGGGCCCCCCCGGAGGACGUUGCGCGGGUGCUGGAGGGUGCCAGGUCCUGCAAGGUCUCGCUCUGCCUCCGGCGUCGGACACCCGGCACCCGCAUCCCCCUUGGCGGCACCAGCACCGGCG